UCCUGCCCCCCCCCCGGGACAGGCAGGGCCAUGGCGGCCCCCCCCGAGCAGCGCCGCCGGCUGCAGGAGGAGACCCGGCUCGUGCUGGAGGCUUUUCUGCGGGGGGCGCUGGGCCAGCGGCCCCCCCUGGGGCACGUGGGGGGCAGCUACCAUGACCCCCACUGCUACGCACACAGGCGCCCCGUGGCGCAGGGGGGGGCGCCUGCCCCAGGGGGGGCCUGGACCCCCCUGCACGAGGAGAUCAGCCGGGUGGAGGAACGCAAGCACGGCUUUAAGACCAGCAUGAAGCGGCUGCUGCAGCGACGGACCAGCCCCCGCCGGGACCCCCCCGGGGCAGAGCCCCGCGAAGGGCCGAAGGAAGGGGGGGAGGGGCGCCCCAAGCACAGCCGGGGGUUUUCCUUCAAGGGGGUGCUGCGGAGGAAGGGCCCCCCCCGGGAGGAGACAGAGCCCCCACCUCCUCCCUCCGCACCCCCCAACUCCCUGCCAGUCACCCCCUGCUACUGCACGGACACCCUGACCGCACAGCCGGACCCCCUGCCUCUGGGCCGGGCGGCCGAGGACCCCGAGUUCUACGCCCGCGUGGCCCGCAAGCUGGACCGGCUGGUGAAGCGGCAGCGGAGCACCCCAGGCAGCCCCAGUGGGGUCCGGUCCCCUGGGGUCAUGGCCGGGCCCCUCAGCCCCAAGCUGGGCCCCGGGCCCCCAGUCCCGCCGGAGCCGGCCAGCGAGACGCACAAGGAGCAGGUGAUACAGAGACUGGUGGCCCUGCUGGAGGAGCAAGCCGGGGUCAUCAACGAAGAGAUCGAGGCCGACCCGCUGCUCCGCGGUUCCCUGUCCCGCCUGUCGUACCGCAGCUUCUCCCGGCUGGCCGAGGCCUACACCGCACAGGCCGACCCGGGCAGCUCCAGUCCCCAGCUCACCCGGCUGGCCCUGACCAUGGAGCUGACGCGGAAGGUGGCAGGAAUCAACAGCCACCCGGUGCAGAUGCUGAUGGGCUACAGCCUGCAGUACAUGGACAUGUUCGUGCCCUGGCUGCAGCAGCAGGGCGGCUGGGAGAGCAUCGCGGGACAGGACGAGAUGUUCGAGCUCCUGGACUAGCAGCCCCCUGGCCGCGGGGGGGCUCCGAAGGGGUGUCACAAGGCUGGCCCCUCCCCCUUUCCUCCCCAGAAUCCGCCUUGUGGGGAGGGUUCAGAGCACAGCCGUGACAGGGGGGAGGGUACCUGUCUGGGGGGAAGGGCAGGAAACUGAGCCAGCCCUCCCCGAAUUCUCAGCGGGAGUCGGGGUCACUGGAGGAAUCCGCCCCAUAAAAUCUCUGGGCCUGCCCAGGCUGGGGGGGGCCAGCCGAGAGAGACCCCCCCACUUUUGUUCUGGGUGGUGGGGGGGCGAGUGAUUUUUUUUUAUAAAGAAUGUUCAAUAUA